AAACAUUCUCUACUAACAAACAAGAAGCCUUCACUAAAUUUCAAACAGAACGACAGGCACCUAUUAUGAACAAAGAAAACAUAACUAAUGUCAAUACAUCAGAACCAAAAAAUAGGCACACUAAAAAGCAUCUAGGUUCGACUCUUCAAGUCUUAAAAUCAUCACAAAAAAUAAUAUCCAACGAAAUGAAUGAAGAAUAUUUCAAAAAAGUAAUGUCUAAUAAUCGACAAGGAAAAAAAAUGGAAGCUUUAAAGAAUAAAG